AGACCACACAACCAACAAGAUGAGCACGGCCAAGGUUGCCGCUAAGCAGGCCGCCAAGGAGCUCCUCGCGCUGUGCGCCAAGGACGGCGUCCUCGUGCCCACGGACCCGAUGAACGCCAUGAUCCAGGCAGGCACGAUGCUGAAUGCCACGCGCGAAGACGGCGCGUACAACCUCGACGCGGCCUUGAAGGCGAUGACCGACAAGUUUGGGGCCAAGGCGCCCGAGGCGAAAGCGACCAAGAAGCGGAAAGCGCCGGCCAAGAAGGCCAAGGACGGUGACGAGGCCAAAGACGCCGGCGACGAUGAGGACGACGGCGAGGCUGUGACCAAGAAGAAGAAGAUUGCGCAGGCCACGAACGAGAAGAACCAGGCGCUGGCCGAGGCCUUUGCCGAGCUCGCGGGCUUCGAGUUCAAGCGCGGUGAAAAGUUCAAGGGCGGGUCGUACUCCAAGGUCGCCAAGGCCAUCCGCGACGCCGAGGACAAGAUCGAGAGCGGGAAGGCCGCCAUGAAGCUCAAGGGCAUUGGCAAGGCGAGCGCGUCCAAGAUCGACGAGUUCCUCGAGCAUGGCAAGAUCGAAAAGCUCGAAGAGUACCGGGCAGGCAACAUGUAAUCGUUGCUACUAGUAUGACAGUAAUACGCGUUCUUAUCUUGGCGCCAAACAAGACACAGGAUAUAGUGUGUGAUGGACACACACUCUGGAUUGUCCGGAUAAACGUAACAGUGGUAAAUACGCGCUUUGGC